CCUGGCGCCCUCCUCUGCCCCUGUUCAUGGUGCAUCGCUGCACGGGAAGCCACUUCUUGGGACGACGACGACUAAGCUGGCUCCCCCCACCAACUCUCACGCAAUUCGCCCUCCGUGCCCCUCCUCCUUCUCUUCCGCCGCUCUGCCUUCUCACACUCUCCGUUUCACUUCCUCUCCCUCUCAUCAUUCCGUCUCUUUAUCUUCCCACCAUCCCCGGCCAGCAGCUUCAACUGUGAACCGUGCUGCUCUUCUCACCCGCCACUUCUCCUCUUCAAUUCACUGCCCCUCACCGCAAAGCGACCUCACCAUGUCUGCCGGAAAACCCUCUGAGUACACCGUCCGCAAGGUCGGCCAGCCAAACACUUUGGACUACCGCGCCUAUAUCGAGAAGGAUGGCGUCCCGGUCUCUCCAUUCCAUGACAUCCCUCUCUAUGCCAACGAGCAGAAGACAAUCUUGAACAUGGUUGUUGAGAUUCCGCGCUGGACCAAUGCGAAGCUGGAGAUCUGCAAGGAGGAAUUCCUCAACCCCAUCAAGCAGGAUGUCAAGAAGGGCAAGUUGCGAUAUGUGCGCAACUGCUUCCCACACAAGGGUUAUCUGUGGAACUAUGGUGCAUUCCCACGUACCUGGGAAGACCCCAAUGUUGUGCACCCUGAGACAAAGGCCAAGGGUGACAACGAUCCGCUCGAUGUCUGCGAGGUUGGAGAGCUGGUCGGCUAUACUGGCCAGGUCAAGCAGGUCAAGGUUCUCGGCGUGAUGGCCCUUCUCGACGAGGAGGAGACAGACUGGAAGGUCAUCGUCAUCGACGUGAACGAUCCCCUUGCCAACAAGCUCCACGACAUUGAGGAUGUCGAGCGCCAUCUCCCAGGCCUUAUGAGAGCCACCAAUGAAUGGUUCCGCAUUUACAAGAUCCCAGAUGGCAAGCCUGAGAACCAGUUUGCUUUCUCUGGUGAAUGCAAGAACAAGAAAUACGCGAUGGAAAUCGUUCAUGAAUGCGCCGACGCCUGGGACAGACUCAUGGCCGGCAAGUCCCAGCGAGGUGGCAUGUCUAUUGCUAACACCACCAUUGAGGGCUCUCCUGACCGUGUUGAUGCCAGCAAGAUUGAGUCUAUCCCAGCUGGUCAAGACCUUGCCCCUGCCCCCAUUGAAGGCAGUGUUGACAAGUGGUUCUUCAUCUCUGGUGCUGCGGUGUAAUCAGUACGCAGUCAACAUAUUCGCGUCUUUCGGUCAGACAGCCAUUCUGAUCUAAAAGAUCCUCCCAUCCCCACUCUCAAUGGCCGACAAAGGUACACGAGACUGUCGAGUGCAUUAGAAGGGGUUAUCUAGAGAACUGCAGCAGUUUCUCACAAUAAGGAAAUUUGCAAAAAAAAAAAAAAAAAAAAAAACAAAGAACAACAAGGAUAUUUUCUUUCUUGAACGGUGGCAUGUCCGGCAAUUGAUCUUUUUGA